GGCUGCGUCAUUGGUGGAAUUUACGCAGCCAUCAUCUCUCCAGCAUGGACGCGCGUCCCCUGUGAGGACUUUGUCAUCGUGUUCGUCCAGUCAGGCGCACUUCCGGCGGGGGAGCCAGGAGGAGACACACCUUGGGAGAAUCCCCCCUCCCCGCCCCGACCCAACCACCACCAUCCUGCACAGACCACCGUCAUUUGUUUCUCUCUGUCUUCUAGCACGAAGAAACUUUUGUCUGUCCACCAUGUCCGCUCGGGCACUCAGGGAAAUCCUGCAGAGGCCAGGAAAUGGCACCUGUGCAGACUGCGGGGCAGCAGAUCCCGACUGGGGUUCCACCUCGUUGGGGGUUUUCAUCUGUCUGGCCUGUUCCGGAAUCCACCGCAACAUUCUCGACGUCAGCAAGGUCAAGUCUCUGAGUCUUUCCCACUGGGAGGACCACGAGAUCCAGUUCAUGGCGGAGAAGGGAAACGAGCGGAUGAAGAGCAAAUACGAGGCGGCCGUUCCCGUCUACUAUUACAAGCCGUCGCACAAAGACUGCCAGGUCCUGAAGGAGCAAUGGAUACGAGCAAAGUACGAGCGCAAGGAAUUCAGCCAACCCGGCAACAAGUUUACCUAUGAGGAAGCCACCAGGGACGGCGCCUUGAUGAAAAGGGGGCGGGACAACGGGCAGUUCCUCAGCAGGCGAUUCGUCCUCUCCGAGAGGGAGGGCACGCUCAAGUACUUCACCAAGCACGAUGCCAAGGAGCCCAAAGCGGUGAUCAAGGUGGACAGCAUCAACGCCACCUUCCAGCCCGACAAGAUCGGCCACCCCAACGGCCUGCAGAUCACGUACCUCAAAGACUACAGCACCCGCAACAUUUUCCUUUACCACGACAGCGGCAAGGAGAUCGUCAACUGGUUCAAUUCCAUCCGAGCCGUCCAGCUUCACUACAUGAAGGUGGCCUUUCCCGGAGCCACGGACGCCGAGCUGGUCCCCAAACUUACCCGCAACUUCCUGAAGGAGGGCUACAUGGAGAAGACGGGUCCCAGGCAAACUGAAGGCUUCAAGAAACGUUGGUUCACUUUGGACCAGCGACGACUCAUGUACUACAAGGACCCUCUGGACGCCUUCGCCAAGGGCGAGGUUUUCCUGGGCAGCAAGGAGCACUACAGCGUCUCGGCCGGCCUACCCGCCGGCACCUACUGCAACGGCGCCUGGCGGCACGGCAUCACCAUCGUCACGCCCGACCGCUGCUUCCUGUUCACCUGCGAGUCGGAGGCCGAGCAGCACGACUGGCUCAAGCUCUUCAAUGACGUCAUGAGCGCUCAGAUGUCCCCCCAGGAGUACACCAUGGAGGCUUUGUUGAAGCACAGACAUUGAUUGACCCAGCAGCGGAUUGCCCAUUAACAUUUUGGUGUUAA